CGUUGGUAAAAUUUCAGUUUGGGUGAAUUCAUCGUAUUUAAAAAGGAUGACAAAGUCUAAAAUUGUGACUAUAAAUAGAGACUUCGUUAGAUAUUUUUUUCUAAGAAUAUUUACUGUGCAACACAGGUACCGUACCGUUGUAAUAAACGCGCAAUGAAAUUAGUCCCACCGGAAAUAAGCAGUUUCCGGAAAUGACUUCGCAUAAUCGAGAGGUGCGUUGGUAAAAUUUCAAUUUGCAUACCUGCCACUCUUCCACACAGUCGGGUUGUGUUUGCAGCUGUUCUUUUGGAAAAUGCAUGUCUUGGUCAACUGGAUUGUGGAUUGAUUUGGUGCAGCCAAGUAACGAUUGACUGGCUGUGUUUAAUUUAUGUAAUGAAAACGUAAACCGAACGAUCCGAAUUAGCACUGCCAACGUAAUCCCCGACCAACGACGAAGUCAACCCCGUCUUCAUUUCGUGUUAACUAUUUAUCAGUUUAGUUGCAGACGAUUUUUUUACUCUGUUUUGAAGAUUGUGUCGUUUAUUUUUCGUCUUCUUGAUGAAUUGCUGGUUCUGGAUCUUUCUGUGGAAUCUGAAAAAAGGAAAUGCAGCCGUAGCUCUGUCGUGUUCGGUCUAAUUCAAACUGCGAGCGCCUCCUACUGGUCACUCGGGGUAUUACUAUUAUUUCCCGGUACAUUUAGCAAGAACAGUUCAACUUUUAAAACAACUUGAGGGCGAAGAAAAGAUAAAACGAUAAAAAUCAAUACAAUUUUUUGGGGGGAUUUUUAUAAAUUGCGUAUGAUAUGACACUUAAUCACACAGAAUUAUGAUGAGUAAUGUAUCUAUGUACCAGGGGCAAUUUGAAGUUUGACCUAAAUUCUUCUAAUAGUAUCCUUUCUUACCCCUUAAUAAAUGCAAGAAAUUUUCAAUUAAAUUCGUGUUUCAAAAAUAUCUAACGUCAUGUCUUCUUAGUGAAAGUCACUGAACAUCAACUGCGUGCCCUUCUGCCUUUGGGAUCCCCUGUGUGAUUUCCCACGGCAGGUGGAGCCCUAGGUCCAAAGAUUUAGGAGCCAGAUCCAGUUCCAUGUUUUCCAUCAGACACCCCCACUCCAUCUCUCCCUCUUUUCUCUCUCCGCAUCCCCCAGGCAGGAAUCAUCACCCCCCUCCCCAGCCCUUCUCCCACCCUCGGCUCCCCGCCCGCCUGCAACGCAACGCUCCUCUCGCCGGGCUGCGCUCGAUCAACCGAGCAUCCACCGCGCCUCCAAAUUGGUUUGUCAUUUCUGACCCCUCUCUCUCUCUCUUUCUCUCUCUCUUUCUCUCUCUCUCUAUCUCUCUCUCCGUUGACCACGGUGCUCUGCUCCGCUGCGCCCCGUGUCUGUGGACUUCAGCAGAAGUCAGUAAGAACAUAGAGGCAGUCGACACAGAUAAAGAGAGAAGAGAGAGGGCGGGAAGGAUACAGACUGACGGAUAGAGAGGAGAGAGAGAGGUACGCCUCUGUCCUCCUCCAGCACUUCACUGGACUUAGUGCAUUUGGAAGGACGCGUUGCAUCCUCCCGUGUGAGCGCUGAUCGGGAUACCAAGCACGCAGCUAUUGGUCUAUAACACCCUGUGCUUUAUCUCCAUCCCCAAAAUUUUCCCCGCGUCCUUGUCCGUGUCAACAAGAAUAAACUACAGGACGUGGAUCGGAGGCGCUGAUCAGUGAAAUUAUAAAUCGACUGGAAGAUAUACUUCUAUCCAGGAUCUACGCUGUCGGGACUGGAGGCUCUAAGAGAGCGCAGGAAGGGUUAUUCCUGACUCCUCUGUGCGCUGGAUGUGUAUAUAUGCGCCUUCAUCGCUGCAAUUGGUGAUACGGUAAGAAUCCUCUCUUCUAUUUUCGCUGGUAAACCUCUCGGUAAUGUGUCAACCCUGCGUCUUCCUCUGACCUGUUCCGAAAGCAGCUAGAUAACAGCGCUGACUUCGGUUCUCACGGAUGCCCAUGGGAAUGUGGCCUGCGACUAUUGCACUUAAGGGGCGCGGAAAUUGGCCCUAAUGGACGAGGGAGUAAAAAUGUAUCACAGGUUUGGGAUUUACACAGAUGAUGGUCCAGCGACUUGUGGCUGGAUGGGCGUCGCUCGGAUGGGAGAUGUCGCUUAUUAGGCGAAGUAAUAACCACUGAUACCUAUUACCUCUUCGGUUGGUAAUCAAUACAAUCACAUUAUCCCAUAAACAAGGUGUACACGUAAUUAUUAUUCUGGAGCCGCUUAUCUGCCUCGCUGCACGGCGCAAUGCUUUGGCAUGAUGGAUGACAGAUAGACGAAGUGUGCAGCAGCUCCUCCGCUUUUUUUGUCCUAUUUUUACGCAGCUGUCAUUGGAGCAUAUAGGAAUGCUGUUAGUGCUGUUAGCUUAUUUGGAGCUGUGCUGGAGGUUGUCAGCCGCAGUCUAAAAUCUCGUGUAAAUCCAGCCGCUGAAGGAAAAAGAGCAUCCAGCAGGCCAGUGCACCCUAGGAUACGUCAAUCAUGCGGCUACAGGAGUGAAAGCUGUGGCUCUUAUUUACUGAUGAGACAUUCAGGGUUGCAGAUGACCUUGAUGUGCAACUGAAAACUAGUGAAGGUUUCACACUUCUUUGAUCUUGACCCCGAGUGAAAAGAGCCCCGAGAUUCAGAUGUAAUGUGUAAGUCUUUGCAAUAAGCCUCUUAUCCAACUGAAAACAGCCUUGUGUGUUGUGCCCCCCAUACUUGUAUUGUACUUCCUGGUUAAUCAAUUGUGCUCACCCUGACUAAUAAAUGCAGGUGUCUGUUAAUCAAAACACCUCUUAAAGAAUGAUAAUCUGAUUGUGUGUACCGGCCUUUUUGAAUCACUCCUCCAAGCACGAGUAGAGGUAAUGUGUGCAAACAAUGUGUAGAUUGUGGUAUGAAAGGGUUGAUGUGGGAUCUGGAGGUUGGAGUGCUUGACAACAUGUCAACAUGUCAUUGCUGCAGCUAAGAAAAAUGUCCCCAAAGAGUCGACAGAGCAGGUGGGAAAAUGGUCAAUGCAGGCAGUUAUCAGUACAACUAUAUUGGAGCCGUUUUUACAUAGACUUGCUCAGCUGCCAUUUCAGUAGCAUCUGUUAAAGCACAGGCCUGUCUCCAAGGAGAUUAUUAUGUUUGUGGAUGAGAUGAAUAUCACUAAAUCAUCUGUCAUCAGCGCAUCUGUUGGUCUCGUAAGUGAUCCUGCAGUUUCCUGGUUCUAGCCAACUUGAUUAUUUGUUUGAAAUGUUUGAGAAAGAUGUUACAAAAAAAUCUUGUAUGUUCCUGUCCCAAACCUGCUGUUUUUGCGCUUUUAGUCGUCUGGCGGGGUUGUUUAUCUGUGUUUUAACGGCUGAAGAAGUGUGGCCAAAAAAGUGUCGGUGCAUCCCGAAUGCAGCUCAGGCUCACCGGUGAGCCAUGGGAUGUUUGUCAGGCAUCACUCUAUAAAUGCAAGGCGUGUCAAAGAGCAUCUCGGGUCACGUAAAGUUAUGACACCCACACAGCGGUGACGUGGCUACAGCACCUGAAGCUGUAUAAUGUGCAACGGCAGCAAUCAAGCAUUGUGCUGACUGCAGGUCUGUGUGUCCGACUUUAAUUAGGUCACUGAUUCAUUUCACUUGUGUAUGAUGUACAAGAAAGACCGAGCUCCUUAUGUGUGUGUGUGUUUCUGUGUGUCUUUGUGUGUGUAUGGUGGGGAGGGCAGUGCUAAUUCGGAUUGUUCUGCUUGAUUGGUCGAGGGUUGACUUUCCCUGCUUGGAGCUGUUCAUGUAACAAAAUAUUUGCCUAAGAUUUGGAUGGCUCCAGAA